AUGUCGAACGAAAUUGUGUUCGGAAAAGUGUCGAAGAUAGUGUGCGUGGGCGCCGGCUAUGUCGGAGGUCCGACGUGCGCAAUGAUCGCCCACAAAUGCCCGAACCUCACCGUCACUGUGGUCGACAUGAAUGCGGCGAAGAUUGCCGAGUGGAAUUCGGAUAAACUGCCUAUUUAUGAGGUACCAGACUUUGUUCGACUACCGUUCAACCAAUUCGUCUCUUUUCAGCCGGGACUCGAUGAGAUCGUCUUCAAAGCACGUAACGUCAACCUCUUCUUCUCUUCGGAUAUCCCAAAAGCCAUCUCAGAGGCAGAUCUCAUCUUCAUCUCGGUCAACACACCGACCAAGAUGUACGGACGUGGCAAAGGAAUGGCUCCGGACCUGAAGUACGUGGAAUCGGUGUCCCGGACCAUUGCACAGUACGCCGGUGGGCCCAAGAUUGUGGUGGAGAAGAGUACGGUGCCGGUGAAGGCUGCCGAGAGUAUCGGGUGUAUCCUGCGAGAGGCCCAGAAGAACAAUCCGAACCUCAAGUUCCAAGUUCUCUCUAAUCCAGAAUUCCUGGCCGAAGGAACCGCCAUGAAAGAUCUGGCCAACCCGGACAGGGUGCUGAUCGGAGGAGAGUCCUCUCCGGAAGGCGCGCAAGCCGUUGCUGAACUUGUCCGUAUCUACGAGAACUGGGUCCCAAGAGACCGUAUCAUCACAACGAACACGUGGAGCAGUGAGCUUUCGAAGCUCGUGGCCAACGCAUUCCUUGCUCAGCGCAUUUCUUCUAUCAACUCAAUUUCUGCAGUCUGUGAAGCCACAGGAGCCGAUAUCAGCGAAGUGGCACAUGCCGUCGGAUACGAUACGAGAAUCGGAAGCAGAUUCCUGCAAGCUUCCGUCGGAUUCGGAGGCAGUUGCUUCCAGAAGGACGUUCUUUCACUUGUCUACCUUUGCGAGUCACUCAAUCUCCCGCAAGUGGCGGAUUACUGGCAAGGAGUGAUCAACAUCAACAACUGGCAGCGUCGUCGUUUUGCUGAUAAGAUUAUCGCCGAGCUGUUCAACACGGUCACCGACAAGAAGAUCGCCAUAUUUGGAUUCGCUUUCAAGAAGAACACGGGCGACACGAGAGAAUCUUCGGCUAUCUACGUCAUCAAGCAUCUGAUGGAGGAGCACGCGAAGCUUUCCGUCUAUGAUCCAAAGGUGCAAAAGUCUCAGAUGCUAAACGAUCUUGCUACUGUGACAAGCGCACAAGACGUCGAAAGACUGGUCACUGUGGAAUCAGAUCCGUUCACGGCCGCUCGUGGAGCUCAUGCCAUUGUUGUGCUUACCGAGUGGGAUGAGUUUGUUGUAUGUGUCGGCUAUAGAUGGUUUUCCUAUGAUAGUAAUAUUUUCAGAAUUUGGACUACAAGAAGAUCCACGAUAACAUGCAACAUCCAGCCGCAAUCUUCGACGGACGCCUCAUUCUGGAUCAGAAUGCGUUGCGCGACAUUGGCUUCCGCACAUUCGCCAUUGGAACCUCGCCCGAUCAGGCGUACAAUCUGUUUGGAACCGCUGGAUAUUAA